CCUUCCGUCGCUCGCGCCCCCGACAUAUUGUCUACGGACAGCAAAUUCUGGAAGGGAGGGAGAGCUCACAGAUUAAAAUCUAUUUAUCGCAGGAUAACUCGGCGUUAAUUGUAUAAGUCAGCCACCAUGGAAACAGCGGCGAGUCCUGCGAGGGAGAACCACAGGAUGAACCGGUACAAGAACAAAGCGCUCAACCUGGAGGAGAUGCGCAGGAGGCGCGAGGAGGAGGGCAUACAGCUGAGGAAACAGAAACGAGAGCAGCAGCUCUUCAAGAGGAGAAACGUGGAGAUGCUGAGUGAGGAGGCGGGCCUGUUGGAAAGUCCCCUCAUGGACUCCUUCGUCAGCUCUACCACCAGCGGGGAGGGAGUCAUCACACGGAACAUGGUGGAGAUGCUCUUUUCAGAAGAUCCUGAGCUUCAGCUGGCCACAACACAGAAGUUCCGGAAAUUACUGUCAAAAGAGCCCAACCCACCCAUCGAUGAGGUCAUCAACACACCUGGAGUUGUGGAGAGGUUUGUGGAGUUCCUGAAGAAGAGCAUCAACUGCACAUUACAGUUCGAGGCGGCCUGGGCCCUGACCAACAUCGCGUCCGGGACGUCCCAGCAGACCAAGAUAGUGAUCGAGGCAGGCGCCGUGCCCAUCUUCAUCGAGCUCCUCAACUCGGAUUUCGAGGACGUGCAGGAGCAGGCGGUCUGGGCCCUGGGGAACAUCGCCGGAGACAGCGCCAUGUGCCGGGACUACGUGCUCAACUGCAACAUCCUCCCACCGCUGUUAAUGCUAUUGACCAAAUCCACCAGACUGACGAUGACCAGGAACGCCGUCUGGGCCCUGUCGAACCUGUGCAGGGGGAAGAGCCCGGCUCCGGAAUUUGAGAAGGUCUCCCCCUGUCUCCAGGUUCUGUCCCGCUUGCUGUUCAGCAGCGAUGCGGACCUGCUGGCGGACGCGUGCUGGGCCCUGUCCUACCUCUCCGACGGGCCCAACGAGAAGAUCCAGGCCGUCAUCGACUCGGGGGUGUGCCGGAGGCUGGUGGAGCUGCUCAUGCACACAGACUACAAGGUGGCGUCGCCCGCCCUGAGAGCGGUGGGGAACAUCGUCACAGGAGACGACAUCCAGACACAGGUGGUGCUGAACUGCUCUGCCCUCCCCUGCUUGCUGCACCUCCUGAGCUCCCCUAAGGAGUCCAUCCGUAAGGAGGCCUGCUGGACAAUCUCCAACAUCACCGCCGGCAACCGAGCACAGAUCCAGACGGUGAUUGACGCAAACAUAUUCCCCGUGCUGAUUGACAUCCUGCAGAAGGCGGAGUUUCGCACGAGAAAAGAGGCGGCGUGGGCCAUCACCAACGCCACCUCCGGCGGCACCCCCGAGCAGAUCAGGUACCUGGUGAACCUGGGCUGCAUCAAGCCUCUGUGUGACCUGCUGACCGUCAUGGACUCCAAGAUCGUGCAGGUGGCCCUGAACGGGCUGGAGAACAUUCUGCGGCUCGGGGAGCAGGAGGCCAAGCAGAGCGGCAGCGGCAUCAACCCCUACUGCGGCCUGAUCGAGGAGGCCUACGGCCUGGACAAGAUCGAGUUCCUGCAGAGCCACGAGAACCAGGAGAUCUACCAGAAGGCCUUCGACCUGAUCGAGCAUUACUUCGGCGUGGAGGAGGAGGACGCCAGCCUGGCCCCGCAGGUGGACGAGAACCAGCAGCAGUACCUCUUUCCCCAGCAGGAGGCGCCCAUGGAGGGCUUCCAGUUAUAACAGGCCCCGCCCACUUUUCCCUCAGACACGCCCCCUCUCCCUUCCCCCCGCAACAACACAAAGGAAUCUACAGUACAGUACAUUACCACAGCAUUACCCGGCUGGGCCUAGAAGGGGGAGGGGGGGGGCAGGGGUGGUCCCGAUCAGGUUCAGAUCCAGUCCAGAGCCCCAAAGCCAGUGCCCAGGGGCGAAAGAGCCGCUAGUGACCCCACAGGGGGAAAAUGAGGGACUAAGCCCUUUUUGAGUAAGGUUUUUUUUUUGUUGUUUUUUGUUUUUGUUUUGGUUUUUCUGGCAGAUUUAACCAGACCCCCCCCUCCAUGGUUCACGCUCGGGAUGUGGGGGCCACAGAAGGCAGGGAUGGCAUGUUUGCGAGUUUUCGCGGGGUGGAAAUGCUGCCUGCGUUGCUUGACGUUGCAGGAAACCACGUCUUUUCUUUGCAGCCCUGCUAAAGCAUAGGUCCUGUCCAACAGAACAGUCUAGAGCUCAAAUUUACAGACAGCCCCGCAGCCAAAAUCUCACAUUCAGACCUUCUACUGUUCCGUUGUGAUGAUAGCAGUUGCCAUUUUAGGUGAGUUUUGGCACUGGAUAUAAAAGGCUAUUUUGCUACUGAAACUGGGGGGGUGGGGUUAAGAAAAUGUUUUUCCUUUAGCUUUUUAAAAUUAUUAUUUAACGAUUUCAGAAGACUUAACCUUUGGUUUGUUUGAAGUUCUUUUUCUUACUGCAGACAGUUUUGGG